AUGGACUCUAUGUCUAAAGUUAGACUUUUCUACGAAUCUUUUGGUCAUUUAACGUCAGGUCCUCCGGCCAAAAGAAGUAAAUCGGCAGAUUAUAGGAAUAGUUCACGGUGUUCUGCACGGCUGCCUCAAAAUCAUAGCACAGAGCAUCGAAGUGUUCACAGACCUAAUACAAGAAAAGAGAUUGUAGUUUCAGCUAAGCUGUAAGUUAUAGAAUUUUAUUAUAUGUUAUUUUCAAGUUUUUGAUUAUAAAUCAAACAUUACAGGAAUAGUUCCCGAUCUUCUGAACGGCGGUCUCAAAUUCAUAGAACAGAGCAUAGAAAUACUCAGAAAAGUACUACAUGA